GAAAUCUACUCGUCAAGUAGAGUAAGGUUGGGUAUGGGUAAACGUAAAACUCGAUCAGAGUAGCACGACUUUUCGAACGCAUAGGAGGUAACAAUUGGUAACAACAAUGUUUGAAUCAGUCUGCCGAAGGCGCCGAAAUAAAAUAUUAGUUUCUGCGGUAAUAGCUGGCCGUAGAUUAUUAGAAAUACUUUUGAAUGUUAUGAAAGAAAUCGAAAGUGAUGAAAGUGAAGAUGAAGAUUAUGAGAAGAUCUCUUUAAUUGAAAAUAUUCAACGAAUUCGAGGAAAACAACAGAAACCUGCACGUAUAAGAGGUUACGUUGAACACGUAAUUCCUCGUUAUACCACUAAACAAUUUCGACAUCAUUUUCGAAUGACGCCUGAAACUUUUGAAAAUUUGGAAAAUCGUCUAGGACCAAUAUUAUUUAAUCCCGAAGCUUUAGGACGUCCAGUCAUAUCUGUGCGCAUACAGCUUUUGUCAACAAUCUGGCUUCUUAGUACACCAGAUUCUUUUAGAUCUGUGAGUGAAAAGUUUGAUUUAGGCAAGUCUUCUCUGAAUGACUGUGUCCGCCGUGUUGUCCAAGCUUUGAACAGUAUUGGAAAUGAAGUUAUUAGAUGGCCUAUGGGUCAAAAAUUGAUAACUUCCAAGGAAAAAUUCAUGCUUAUUGGAGAACAUCCUAUGCUUGGUGUAGUAGGAAGUAUUGAUGGAUGCUACAUAUUUAUAAAGAAACCAAAUUUUGAGGAAGUUGCUGUUCAUUAUAAGUGUAGAAAAUUACAAUACGCUGUAGUUUUACAGGCAGUCUGUGAUGCAGAUUUACGUUUCACAGAUUGCUUUGCAGGUUAUCCAGGAUCAGUAGGAGACUAUCGAAUUUUCCGCAACUCAGAUUUAUUUAGAGAAGUUCAAAAUGAUCGAUCUGUUUUUUUUCCCAAUGGCGAGUUUGUUGUUGGUGAUAAAGCAUAUCCUGUUUUAACAUGGUGUGUUCCUCCAUUUCGAAAUAAUGGCCAUCUUACACAAGAACAGAAGAUCUUUAAUAAAGUAGUGUCACAAAAACGACAAGUUAUAGAAAGAAGUUUUUGUCUCUUAAAGGGAAGAUUCAGGCGAUUAAAAUUUUUGGACGUGUCUAGAUUUGAUACCAUUUUUCAUUAUUGCAGCCUGUAUCCUUCACAAUAUCUGCCUGGAAGGCAUUGAUAAUGAUAUAGAAGAAUUCAUAGAAGAAGGAAGAGAAUUUUAUGUAGAAGAAAACAAUGAUGAUAAUGAAGAUGAAUUCAAUAAUGAAAGACAUGAGUUUGACGGUGAAAUUAAACGAAAUUAUUUAUGUCUUCAAGUUUCAGGAAGACAUUAAAAGUAAAUCUA